CAGUCGUCGCGUGUGCGUGAAAAUCAUUAGUCUUCGUUAGGCGGUCUUUGUGUCAACAACGUGUUGCUCUCUCCCAGUGAAAAAUCGACAAACCAGCAAUCGCCCCUCGCGAUUUUCCGCUCGCGUUUUUCACCAGGACCAACAGCCAAAGUGUUUGUGUGUUUUUCUCGGCCCCAUAGGCGAGUGUGCGUGCCAAAGUGCAACAAGUCUUAAGCGUAAUUUAAUUGCAACAAUUUCGCCGUUUUUCCACAUUUCCCGAUUUGAACAAGUGCAAAACACGACUCGAUCGUAUCGGCCAAGAAGAUAUAUCAGUGUAGCAGUGCUCGUGCAAAGUGGAGCAUUCAUCUCCCAAGAAAUCAAAAAAAUAAGAAAAACAGUCAAAUACAUUGCAUUAGUCAGCAGAUCGAGGACUGCUAGUGUACGUGACUUGGCCUUUUCCAGGACUCAAUCGAAAGAAUCCGCUCCGCCGAGCGAUAGGAAUAAGCUCGCCAUGUUGCCGCAUCAUCAGCGCCAUAAAAUGGCGGCUUUGGCGGACAGCGCCAUCGGUUUCCUGCUCCUUGCGCUCCUGCUAAUUGGCGCCUGCCUGGUCCCGCCCACCGAAGGACGCGCCAAGGAUGACCGUCGCACCAGGGGGCGUGGCAGCAGCAGUGGCGUCCUCUCCUCCUCCUCCAGCAGCAGCAACAUGAACAAUGGCUACUACAGCGGCUCCUCGUCGACAGCGGGCUCCUCCUCCGGCUACGUAUUCACCAGCAGCAGUGCCGUGAACUCGGGCAGCACUGGCUACAGUGGACCCAUGGACAGCACUGGAUUCUGCACCCGGCGGCGGGACAUGAAGCUGAUGUGCUACUGCACCCCGGAUGAGAACCAUGUGCCAGUGCAGAAGGCCGAGUGCUGGGUGUUCUCGGAGGGAUUGCAUCAGAACGACACCACCUGGACGCGGUUCUACCAGCAGAAGCGUUUGCGGGAACUCAAGUUUGUGAUCCAAAACAAUGCCCGAUUGGACUAUAUACCCACCAUGAUCAUCGAGCCGCUGAAGAACCUGAGCAGCAUUGUGAUUGAGUACUCGCAGGUGGAGAUCGUCAAGAGCUAUGCCUUCGCCAAUCUGCCCUUCUUGGAGAGGAUCAUCCUGAAUAACAACCACAUAAUGGCCCUGGACCAGGAUGCCUUCGCCAAUCACAUCAGGCUGAGGGAGUUGAACCUGGAGCACAACCAGAUCUUCGAGAUGGAUCGCUAUGCCUUCCGUAAUCUGCCACUUUGCGAGCGGCUCUUUCUGAAUAACAACAAUAUCAGCACUCUUCACGAGGGUCUCUUCGCUGAUAUGGCCAGGCUAACCUUCCUGAACCUGGCCCACAACCAGAUUAAUGUGCUGACCAGCGAGAUUUUCCGGGGACUGGGCAACCUAAAUGUGCUGAAGCUGACCCGAAACAAUCUGAACUUCAUCGGCGAUACUGUAUUCGCGGAAUUGUGGAGCCUGAGUGAGCUGGAACUGGACGAUAAUCGCAUUGAGCGCAUUUCCGAGCGCGCUCUCGACGGCCUGAAUACACUGAAAACACUGAAUCUGCGAAACAAUCUGCUGAAGAAGAUCGACAACGGCCUGCUGCGGGGAACCCCCGCCCUGCUGUCCAUCAACGUGCAGGCAAACAAAUUGGAAACGCUGACGUUCUACACAUUCCAGCCAAUUAUGGACAAUUUGGUCAACAGCACCAGCGAGCUGCUGGUGUCAGACAACAAAUUCAUUUGCGACUGUCGUCUGCAGUGGAUCUUCGAAUUGAAAAAUCGCACACGUCACCUGCAGCUGCGUGACUCGCUGGAGGACCUGCACUGCACGCUGCAGGAGCCGAAACUGUCGCACUUUGUGGACCCCGUGCCGCCGACCAUCCUGGACGUGCUCAACAUCGGAGGAUUCACGGCGAUUGGCAGCAAUAGCGCCAGCAUGGGCGGCGUGGGCAACAGCGUGGUGGGCAGCAGCUACAGCGGCUUGACUCUGGACGACAGCAGGAAGCAUUUGGGCAGCAGAGCCCGACAGGCACUGCGGGGACAACGGCAGUUCGCCGCGAGUGCGGAGAACGUGGUGGAGUCCAAGAUGCGCAGGCGGAGGAAGCGGCAGGAGGAGGUCAAGGAGAAGGACCUGGCGGCAGUGGCUCCGGCUCACAAGCGAUACGACUACUACGACGACAACAACGGCGGCAUGUCCUUGGGUCAUGGCCUAGACCUGGAUGACAAUCUCAGCCUGCACAAGCAGGGCUUCUAUGGCGCCGGCUCUCCGGCAGUGGGUCACAACGAUGUGGAUGUGCUGAUGACAUCGCACUCGGCGUCGGGAGACGCCCUCGACAUUCUGACCAACAAGAACGCGAUCUACAUCAAGUUGUUCCUGCUGAAGCCGGAAAUGCUGCCCUGCCACGAUGAACUCAGCGAUCCCACCGAGCUGCCCCUCUCCCGCGAUCUGAUGGACGUGCGCAGCAAUGUGGGCCAGGACAUGUCGACGGCAGGAGCCGAUACCUUGGCCCAGGGCAUGGCGAUCAUAGUGAGUCUAGUGGCGCUGAUGUUCAGCCGGGGUUGAAGAGUCCACUCCGAAAACGGUUGCUAAUUGGUGACCCCGACGUUUGGUUCUACAUUGUACAUACUGUCUUGGAGAUGUGGUGCCCUUGGGAAACGAGCUUCAACACGAUAAUUACGAAAGAUACCAGCUACAGUCCUGUAAAUAUGUAAAAAGGGGUAACGAAAUUCGAUAAAUUUAAUACUAUGAACCUA